GGCUCGUAUAACUGCCGGCGUUGCUGUUGGAGGUGCUAUUGGUGGCGCCGUGGGUGCUGUUUAUGGAACAUAUGAGGCAGUAAGGUAUAAGCUAUAGUAUUGGGAACUAAUUUGGAGGUUUCGCCGUGCUCUGAAGGCUUCCCGAUCAAAACUUAAGAGGAGAGGAGGCUGGUUUCCUAACGUCAAGUCGUCUUCUUAUUCUCCCUCGAAGCCGCCAAACUGCGGUCUCCUUCAACACCAUCACUGCUUUAGUUUCUCUCUGUAACUUUCAAAUUCAAACAUCACAACAGAGGGAAACCUUCUAGAAACCCCUCUCCACCGCCAACAGGUAAACCCCAUAAACAUCUCCUGCCCAAAAUUUGAUUUCUCUGUUGUUUAAUGUUACUGUACUAGAGAGCUAGUUAUGGCAUCAAAGCUGCUUAAACUCACUGCCUAUGAGGCCAAAAACGAGCUUGAACUCUCUCUAAAGCAAGCCUUUGAGGAGCUUGAACCAAAACUAAGACCCCCAUUUCCAUUAACAAUACCAAGCCCUCAAGAAUAUUCCAGACUCAAUCUUGCUAUUCUUUAUGGGGUUUUAACCGAACCCCAUUUGGCUAAAACGCAUAUAAGGCAUCUUCAUGCUAUUGUCACUGAUGGGUAUGCUUUGUUUGUUAGUUUGAUUGUGAAAAUUGUUAAUGAUUUGUAUGGCAAGUUAGUUGAUUCGGUGAAGGAUCAAUUGGUUUGGGUUGUUAAAGAAAUGGUUGAUGUUUUAGGAGUGGGAUUUGAUGGUUUCUUACUGUGUUUGUUGAGGCAGAUUGUUGGUGGGGAUUUUAGUGAUGGGAAUUUGUGGUUGUGCUUUGAGUUGGUCUCCCUUUUUUCAAGCAAAUGGGAUUGUUUAGUAGAAGAUGCGCCAUUUGUUUUAACUAGUGCUUUGUAUGUGUAUCUACGGGUAUUAGCUGAUCAUUGUAAGGUAUCGACUUAUGCUAAGAUGGAAUCGUUGAAAAGAUUGGAGAUUGAGUUUUGUGUCAAGAUGUUGAGGGAGCAAUUUAAUUUGUGCAUGAAGAUUGGGAGGGACCUUAUUAGAUUGCUUCGUGAUCUGGUUCAUGUCCCUGAGUUUCGAGCUAUAUGGAAUGAUUUGGUGUUGAACCCAAGUGAAUUUAGGACAGAAGGAUUUUCAGAUAUUUCACAGUUGUACUGCUCUAGGACUUCUAGUCGGUAUUUUUUGCUUCGAAUUACUCCAGAGAUGGAAACCCAAUUGAGGUUUCUACUCAUGCAUGUGAAGUUUGGGAAUCAGAAGCGAUACCAAGUGUGGUUUGCCAAGAAGUUCCUUUUUGGACAAGAGAGAGAGACACUUGUAGUUGACAUUAUUCGCUUCAUAUGUUGUGCACACCACCCUUCAAAUGAAAUUAUUCAGUCAGACAUUAUACCAAGAUGGGCUGUUAUAGGUUGGCUUCUAAAAUCUUGUAGAGAAAAACAUGUUGAAGCUAAUAUGAAGCUGGCCUUAUUUUAUGACUGGCUUUUUUUUGACGAAAAAAUUGACAACAUAAUGAACAUUGAGCCUGCAAUGCUAUUAAUGGUAUGCUCAAUACCAAAAUAUAUAGAUAUAACUCACUCUCUUCUUGAAUUUUUAUUGUUUAUUGCUGAAAACUAUGAAGAGGACCGUAAUUAUGUCAUUAUAAGGGGUUUGUCAUCAGCUAUGAGGAUGCUUGUUCAAAAAGGAGUGGUUCGGUCACUGGAUAUUCUGACUUCAUGUGAUGCUCUUUCUCCUUUCCUAAGAGAGGGACUUACGAAGUUAAUAUUGCGUUUGAAUAUUGAAAGUAAUGAGUUGCAACCAGCCCAUCUUCCUCCUCAUUCUGUGUCAUGUUCGAGUUUGCAAAAUGUUUCUCAUCUUGCAAUAACAACACCAGCUCCGGAACAACAAUCUGCAAAGAUUGUGGAAGUAAGGCUUAGCAAAGAACCUGCUGGUUCUUCUAUUCCCAUUUCAGGUGACCUGUUUACUACUUCUUGCCCAACAAAUGUUACCAUUGAAAGUCAAUUUGAUGCUAUUGAGAGCUUAGCACAGAAUCUGGCAGAAGCUAUGAAGAAGUCAAAUAGAAUGGGGCUUCAGAUUUUGGAGGAAAUACUUCUCUCAUUUCUGAAUCUUGAUGGCCAAGCAUCAACAUGUGGUUCAACUUUCCCUGAAACUUUAUCUUCAAGAAUUGCAGAUCAAUUUGAAUCCGUUGGCAAUCGAUUAUUUGCUCCUUUUGAUGUCAGCAUUAGUGUUCCUUCUGACAGUGGAAUUCAUUCACCCACAAUCUUAAUUGCACGCUCCUUCAUACUUUCUCAGCAUGAACGGUUGCAAGAAAUGCUUCUAUUCUGGUCAAGGAAUGGUUUUCAUGUAGGAGCUCACUUACUAUCUUAUGCAACAAGGUUAGCUUAUGAGGCAUGUAUAUCAGAUUCUUCAGGAAAUGCAAUCAUCAACAAUAACUUUUCUAAGAUAAGUGACUCAGGGAUGUCAUUAUUACUCUUCCAUGUUGAUGGGUAUUUUUCUAUUCUGAAUGGAAGGAAACAAGAUUUUCUCGAAGGCAGUGUUUCUACAUCUAAGAUGGAUAAGGAAUUAGUUAAUAUGUUGGUAAAAAAUGCUUUUGCUGCAUACAAAUGUUUCCUUGAACGUUCAAGAACCAUCCUGCAUAAAGAAGAUGAUUUAGCUCUGUCAAAGCUAUUCAUUCUAGACAUAACCUCUUGUUUUCUUUGUGAAAGAAAAAAGACAAAGUUCUUCUACAGCAUCUUCUGUCAUCUUGCCGACUUAUGUGUUGGCAACAUUGAUAUAAUCAGGUUCCUUGUGAGUCAGUUGGAUCAUGCUGAUCUUCUUGAAAUGCAGUUCGAAAUUGGUCUGAAGAGAUUCUUUGUAUUUGGGGAGAGUGCUGAAGAUAUUUUUCACUUAAUGAAGAACUCUCUCAGUUGGGAUCCUUCAGAGCAGCACAAGCUUUGGGGCUUGGUCAGAUCAGAGCUUGCUGUUUCUAAGGUUCAGCUGGAGAAGAUCAUUUUGAAAUUUUUCUGCUCUAAUGAGCUGGAUGCAAAUACAAGUGCCAUUGCUGUGGGAGGCCUUCUUACAUUGUGCAUUUGCCGUGCUCCCACACCUGAGCUUGUUGGGGCAAUCAUGUUGCUGCCUGAUGAUGUAUUCCAGGACUUUGCUGCUACAGUUUUGGCAUCAUGGGUUGUCUCUAAUGCCUCAAAGCUAUUUGACAGCUUGACUAAAUUUUCAGAGAAAUUUGACAAUGAGAAUGGAAAUGUUGCCGGUACAGUUGGGAUUGUGAUAAACCAUUCUGCAAUUCUCUGGUUGUUGAAUUAUUUUAAAUCACAGGGGAUGAAUGGCUCCAAUAUUUUAAGCACCUUUUCUGCAAGUAUUUCUUGUGAAAAACCAGCAUAGACAUUGUGACUGAAUUGGGUUAUUAGUGAUGUUUCUGCAUUCUAAUGAUGGCUGAGAUAGCAUAUGUUGAUGCAGUUUAGCCUGGUUUCAUUCAUGCAUCUGAGAACCCUCAGUUUUCAGAUGCAAUGGAUGCGAAGGGAAUUGUAUUACUUGCCCCCCAGCUCAUGAAUAGCAACACUCUGGGAUAAGAUGGGCUCAUCCUUCCUGGCUCAAGCAGCAGAUGUUCCUACGUGACAUAUAUAGGAAAGCAUGUGUACAUACUACAUAUAAAAGAGGAAACAAUUGCUAGUUGUAACUUGUUGAGUACCCUGCAAUCGUCAAGGCAUCUUGGUUGGUGGUGGUAAUGGCCUAAUAAAGAGUCAAGAUAUACAAGUCCACAUACACUGAUCAAUAUGGAAUGUAGCUCCUUAGCUGUGAUUGUAAUGUUCCUCCUGCAUGAAAAGAUGAUCGAGGAGCAUGCCAUUAUUGUUAUAACACUGGGGACUGCCAAAAAGCUAGAGCAGGCCGAGCAAAGGUCUCAAAAUGUGAGUCAUGAGGAGCAGCUACUGUAGAGUAUUUUCUAUAAGAUAGACACUGGCAAGUAUUACGUUUUUUUAUUGACCUUCAGUUACAGGUGUGUGAACCCUUUAAGACGCAAGUUCAGAAACAUAUUUGAAAAGGACGUGUCAGCAUGGUUCUAACGAACUUGUCUUCGUAGUGUAAUGCAUGGAUAAACAUAAAGAUUUUUAAACAAAUCCUGAUGAAGGUGGAGCACCUUGUAACUGAGGAUUGCUGAAAUAAAUUUGCCAGCAGUGUAGUUUGUCAGGGCACAUUCCGCUGUUAGAUUUUUUCCCUUCAGCUGGUUGCUUGAUGGUUUGCGGAAAAGAUGGAUCCUCACCUCUGGGAGAAAGCGCAUGGUCCUAAUAAUGAGUAUCAAAGCGCAUGGCAGAUAUGGAUUUUUAGAUGCCUGACCCAUUAGGAUUCCAGAUACCGACUCAUAGCUAUGAACACACACAGGGUAGAGAUCACCACCUCCUCCUCCUCCAGUUCUCUCGCUCGCCAUUCAAAUCGGUGUAAUCACAUUCAUGAGAACACAAAUAGACAAAAUCAAAUCACCCUCGAUAAGAACUUUGUUGACGUUUGUGCCACUGGUAUUUCUUUUUCCAAGCAAAAACAAAUUGUUGCGUUGAUUGGAGAGGACAUGAUUUUGCGUGGUUUGUUAGUUUUGUCUCAGACAUGGAACGCAUAGCCUUUUCUUCCCUUGAUUGUUGUAGCUGAAAUGUCAGCGAGGGAGAGAACGAAUCCUAAAUUCUUUGAUUGUGUAGUUAUAAUUUCUUCAAAUUUCAAGAAUAUAAAUAAAUUUGGAGAAGAUGAGUUUUUUAUUAA